AAUUCUUUCCACGUUUCAUAUAAAAGGCCCAUCUUUCCCAAUCAUAGCCCUAGGGUAUCUCUUUCUUAACCUAGGGUUUUUGCUGCUUCCUCUCUCUCCAAGCAUCCGCAGCCGCGACCUCCGUCAUCGAAAAUGCCGUCUCACAAAACUUUCAUGAUAAAGAAAAAACUUGCGAAGAAGAUGCGCCAGAACAGGCCCAUCCCACACUGGAUCCGGAUGAGAACGGACAAUACGAUCAGGUACAAUGCGAAGCGCAGGCACUGGCGUCGUACCAAGCUCGGGUUCUGAGAAUUUUGGAUACUCUGUGCCUUUGUUUCAUUAUUGAAAUUUUGAUACGGUGUUUAUGGAUCUUUUAUGUUUUGAUGAGCUUCAUUUUUUAUUUCCUUCCAAGGAACCUUUUUGUAAGGUUAAUGUUUUGAGGAAUUUGAAAUGAAGUGUUGAUCUUGGUUUCUUGACA